CACAACAAAGACCGGCGGGGAAUGAGAGAGAGAAGAAACUACAAAUUAAUAGUGAAAUGAAACAAGGUAAAAAAACAAAAACAAUUAAACAGUUCGUGAUAGUGAGAGAGUGCGUGAGAUGAGCUCGCAGCAUCCGCUUCGUGUGAGCAGCGAGCCAGAGUGAUCCAGUGAGACGGGUGAUGCUUCUCUCACGCCCGAGCUCUCUCACUCGGCGUAAAAUGCAGAACAAAAGAAGACGAAAAGUGACGGAGCCACACGGUGGAUGAUGCUCUGUUUAUCAUUACGUCGAAAGCAUUCCACCGGGGCGUUUUGUCUGUUGUUUUGCCCUUUCUUUCUUGCGCCUUCUUCUCGUUCGUACGCUACCUUCUCGGCGCGGUCUCCUCUCUGUGGUUCCUCGGCUUCACAGCGAGACGCUCGAUCGCGGCGGUUGGAUCUUGCGCUACGGGCUACGGUACGACCCGCUGCCUCAAGACGGCAUUAAUACGUUAGAAGGUGCCGAACGGUAAAGACACACUUCAGUGUUUUCGGAGUCGAUCUACAAUCGCGGUCGCUUGUCGCUUCGCUGAUCGCACCGAUCCUCUCGCGGUUGGUCUUGCAGAUCAGGUGGAAAAUUGAAUCGUUUAGCAGGAAGUUAACAUAAAGUAAUUUGUGCCUAGUUUAAUUGAACAAAUGUUUGGAUAAUAUCUUCACUAGCUUUGAUGAAAUCAGUGAACAAUUGUAAAAACAUUUCCCCUUUUUAUUGUGUCACGUGCAGCGUUCAUUGCAGCGGCGUGAACAAUGCACCAAACGUAAAUUGACCCUUUUCCUUGUUUGUUUACAGCAGACUUUCGUUUCAUUCCGCGCGCAAUGCAGAAAGAAAGCAUCCUUUCCGUGGUAUGGAAAGGCGCAGUGAGUGUCGUGCCGUGUCGUGGAAGCCAUCGCUCUAAAGGCUCGAGAUAAAGCACCAUAAAAUCCCGAGCACCGUGUACGAGUGAAGUAAUAAAACAAAAAGUGUGAGAAACGCAAUGCCGUCGUCUGUAGCCGAACCGAACAGGCUGACCAAACAGUGAAAGCUCAUGCUGUCUCGGAAGGAAUUGUAAUAAAAUUCAGUGUCGCUUGAAGUUGCCGCGUGCAAGUGCAAGUGGUCGCUGCUCCACCGUGCCCACUACUGUCCACUUGUUUGUUUAAUUCAGUGUGAUUCGAAUCCUUAGAGCGCUCAACCGGGGAGUUUCAGGCGAAGUGUAAGAAGUGUGGUGCUGCUGUCGUUUUUGGUACUGUAGGUUAAUCCGGCUCCUUUGGAAGGACCAGCCGAUGGGCGCGGGAGAACGGAAAGGUGAUAUUUUGCAGUGCGCGAAUUUAAUCCGAUCCUGCGCGCCGGUCGCGUUGAACCAAAACUAAGCGACACGGGGUUUGGUGACAUGGUGCCUUCGGUUGUAAUGAUGAUGGUGUAGUGGUAGCUGUGUUUGAAGUGAAGUGCUAGAGCAUCCUCGGAAGCAGUGGAAAAUUGUGGUGUACGAGUAGAAUAAGAGGAAAAGCAUUUCCGUCGUGGCCAUCGUUCUUGAAGUAGGUUCGCGUAAUCAGCUCAGUGGUUCCGUUGGUGGGGUGAAGCCGCCACCGCCAGCCACUGGCCCAUGGUCUUUGAUGUGUGUGUGUGUGAGUGUGUGUGUACGGUAAGGUGGUGAAACAGGCGAAAGCAAGUAUUUGUCCGGCAGGAUAUUAUCCUCGGAUUUAGGUGACGGCUGAAUAGGAAGAGAAACGAUCCUUUUUUUGCCGUUGCACCAUGGCGAUGAAAAUGACAACGCUUCGGCUUAUUGCGAUAGCCACCUUCGUGUGUGUUCUUCUACACGUGGCACACUGUGAGCCAAACUACCAGCCCCAGCAACAGCCGGGCGGGAACGAUUUUAGUGGCGCCGGUGGAGGCGUCAACACCGGAAACGCACUCUACGGUGCACCAAGCCAGCAGCAGCAACAGCAACUGAGACCCUAUCCGCCGGCCGGACCACCCCCACUACUGGCUCGCUUUCGACCGGCGAACCAAGCCACUACGCCGGCUCCGACCUUCUUCCAGCGAAUCUCGAAUUGGUUUUCCUUUCUGGGCGAUGACGGUGGUGACCGACGGCAGCAGCAGCAGCAACAAUCGCCACAGCAACAACAACUCCAGCCACAGCUGCCACCGCAGCGUUAUCUACCGCCACAGUACACCGCACAGCCGACACCGUCCGUGCAGACACAGCAACAGCUCCAAUUUCAACAGCAACAGCAACAACAACAACAACAACAACAGUUUCAUCAACAAUUUCAACCACAACAACCACAACAGCAACCAAUACAGCAGCAGCCGUUUCCCUAUCCGUUUCAAAUUCGCAACGGAAGUCGGGCGACCCAGCUCGCUCCCCAGCAGCAGCACCAGCAGCAUGUCGUUGCUGCGGGCUUCCAGCCAAGUGCCCCCGUACAGGAAAGUUCAGGCUCGAGCUACCAUGCUGCGAUAGCACCGGGGGUACAUCAGCACACGUUCGGGCCGUCCACGCUGCAGCAGCAGAUCGUACCGCAGGCGAACGUGUUCCGAGACCCCGAGCCAACGACGGGCAGACCACCCGUCGCGAACAUUGGCGAGGUAAACUACCAUCCGUGCAACAAUGUCCCUUGGGUACCGAUAGCACCUCCACCCGAGUAUCCAACGGCUGUUGGUGGAGUUGGUGGAGCUAUUCCACCAGCUGCUCCUCCUCCUCCAAAAGUGCCUCCGAAAGAGUUUCCAAGUGUGCCGAAUCGACCUCCACCGAUCAAGAUACAAGUAGCACCGAAAGGACAGGUACAAUCGGUUAACCCCUACUCUGGUGCUUCGGGAGGUGCACUUGAGCCGGCCAUUAUUACAGCGGCACCACAAGCCCAGCAGCUGAUCCAGCUCCAGCUUCAGCAGCAACAGCACCAGCUACAAAACCUGCAACUCCAGCAACUCCAACUACAACAGCAACAACUGCAGCAGCAACUCCAGCAACUGAAAACGACCACCUCCACUACAACGGUUCCUCCCGUGGUUCCUGUUGCAGCACACUUCAUCACCAAAACGCCCGAUGCAAUAGUGACUGCUGCGCCUUCUUCCACCCUGCAACCGAUCACGCUGCGCCAAGUGUCAGCCUCUUACUUCACCAACAAAGAGUACGCACCGCCCGCCAAGCUGCUGCCGAUCCAGAACGAAGGCAAACCGCUCGCGCCAAUUCCGUUGCCCAACCUGAGCGCUACCCCGAUACCGCCGCUCUACACGGCCGGCUCGUUCCACAGCGAUCCGUACAAGUUCUAUCGCCCCUACCGUCCGGUAGAGCCCAUCCGAGAGCUUGGCCACGGAUAUCCGACCUCCUCCAAGUCCAUGUCCAAUAGCUACAUCCGCUACCCGCACGAACCGGCCGGCAAGAACGACUCAAUCUUUGAUGUGGAGCAAUUUGCAUCUUCUGCCUCGUCGUCCAUCUACACCACGGUGGCGUACUCGAACGGUGAAGACUCGAAGCCGGCAGCGUCGGAGAAGCGUAAUGUGGCUACGAGUAGCAAUGGAAGUAGCGGUGCCAACAUCCCACCACACGGAGGCAGCAAUGGGGAUGACGCUGAGUACGACUCGGAAGAAGACGAUCAGAGCUCACCGAUCAUUCGCACCACGAUCGAAGUUUCGAGCAUUGUGCCUCAGACAAGGUACUACGGCUCAACGACUACACCGGUUAGUCCUAUCUCGAGCACUACGACACCGCGGCCCGAGCGGUACAGUACCUUUCCACCACCGACGCCGUCCGAUCUUGGCAACGGUGUGCAGAUUAUUUACUCGGCCAAUCUGCAGACGAAUCCUCCAAUCAGUCCGGUAAACAAUCAGCUAAGCGAAGAGCAGGAGGAACCAACUGAACCGGCGGCCCAGCGUGUCGUUCAAACUACGACGGUUCGGGCCCCGACGACCACAGUGGACCCGGAAACAACACCUCCAACUGACAUCUACACGGAACCGUUCCGCAUCGGUUCCAGUCUGCCGAUGGAGUUCCAGAAACAACCCAGUCCCGAACCGGACAGCCAAACGGUGGCAACAGCCUCGCCGAGUGAUGAUCCUCCAUCGACGACGGCCACUCCACUGCCCUCCUCACUGACGGCAACGUUCGGCGGGUAUCAAAAUCUAAUGUCCACGAAGAAACCGAAACAAAUCCAGAUCAUCAUACCGUACAAUACGUUCAAAAAGCCGGAACCGUUCAAACCACUCCCACCGCAGGAGAACCUUGAAGACUUGGACUACAACGCACCGGCCGAGUCGAGCAUCGUUACGUCGAAACACGCGGAACGCUCCGGACCUACGCCACCCUCGGGUAAUGCCAUCCAGCAGUCGUCCAAAUCCAAAACCCGCUUCAUCGAGAACGACUCCGUCAAGUACUUCCAAUCAACCACCCAUCUGAAGGAGAUCCUGCAGAAGGAGACGACCCAACCGUUCAUGAAACCGCCCACGAAAACGCCACCCAAACCGGCCAAGGUGAAGAAGGUUCGCCCGAUCGAGAUCUCCAAAGACUCGAAACCAUUCACCGUGCGCAUACCGAAGAUGACACCACUGCCACCGGUCGUGAGCCUAAGCAGCCUAACCAGCGUUCGUGGUGGUAUGGAACGUCACACCACACCACUGCCCACCGAGGGCAGCAAUGCUGCCGGAGGAGGCGCACGAACUCCCUCCCCACCGAUCGCCCUGUCCAAGUACGCGCGACCCGUCACGCCACACUACGUUAACGUGACGCGCGUCAAGAUCUCCCCGACAACCUACGCACAAAAGUCGCGCACGACCAUCUCGCAGCUGCUGCGCACGACCAAAAUCAUCCCCAAAGGUCCCAAGCUGUUCGGGAACGAUUUGCUCGUCUCGGAGACGGUGCGCACGGUCCGGCCGCCCCUGUCGCCGGCAUCGACCACGUACCAGCAGCAUCGCCGUACGACGCUUCUCACAACCUCCUCGACCACUCCGCAUACAACGACAACUACCACGACGACGGAACAACCGCCACCACCACCCCCGGCACCGGUGCAUGAAGAUCCGGCGGCCGGCGACAACACGGUCGGCCCCAUCUACGAGCGCACCAUCGACUGGGACAUCGAUCCGAACGAGCUGCAGCGCAAGAUCGACACCUGGACGGAGCAGGAGUUCGGGUCGGAGGACUUUGCGCGCAAAGCCAGCACGCUGUCGCUGCACCGCGUCACCAAAGCGAUACCGUGGGAGUUUCUCACCUCGACCAUGCUGCCCGCCCUGCACGACAAACCGGGCAAGAGUAGCCGGUCCGGCUGGCAGCACGUCAAGAUUGCCAUAUCCCCGAUAACGAAGGAAAAGAUCUACGUCGUUACGCCGCAGCCCUGGACGCUGGCAGCGGUGCCACAGCCGCAUCAUUCCCACCACCAUCACAACCAUCAUCACGAGCAUCAUCCAGCGUCGUCGCAGGUGCUCGAGGAACGGAACGGGCGUGUGCUGACGCCACGGUUCAGUGUGCGGCCAACGCCACUGUACUACAAGGGCGGUGGCAUCUACCAGACCGGCUCAUCGACGGUGGACGUUUCACCGGAAUCUGUGAACGAUCUGCUGGAGCAGAAACCGAAGCAUCGAUUUAGCAUCAGCAGCAGCAGUAGUAGCAGUAUGGUGGCUGCCGGCACUGGGACAAAGGUGAAACACCUGCUCCAGCAGCGAAAGUACGUCCGGAAGAAACUGCCCUUCGGUGGUCCGGGCACGGGCCGACCCAGUUCCAGCCGGGAGGACGUGUAGCUACGACCAAGGUUGACAGCAACCAGCGUGGAAGAGCACAAGACGGAAGAACGACUUUAAGCAGGAAAUUACCACACGUACCAAAGGCCGUUCCUACAGACUGUAAUGAGUUGAGGCAGCAAACGAAAUGCAUCCAAUAGGGAAUAGGGUGUGUGGGUUUGUGUGCAGUCGCGUACGCACCGGUACGCAAAUAAGCGUUACAUCGUUCGCUGAAGCAACAGAUAAGGUGCAAGCUUACACUAGAUAAAUGAAACUAGGUAAAUAUAAAUCAAUGACGACAGGGUGAAACCAACACGAUGCCGACCCAUUUGUCACGCGGUGGUACAAGAGACCAUCGGAAAUAGAGACAUGGGUUUGGUUUUUAACCGUCACUGGAUUGGUAAUUAGCGUGCAAGCGCUCUUUGGAGCUUCCAGCCAACGCGGUAUACAUACACCAGGGGGUCUUGCUAAUGGGUAAGGGUUUGCAUAAACGCAUAAACAUAAAACAAUACUUUUAGUCUGUGAUUGAUAGGGGUGUAGCGGUGGGAUAUGAUGUAGAAGGAAGUUCCAUGAUGGUGCAACACAUCGGUUCAUAAGGUUGUAUAAUUGGGAUAAGGUUCCUUUCGCAGGCCCGGGGGCAUUAAAGGUAGCAGUUCGCGGCUCGCAGUGGCGUGUCUGAAGACUGUGCGCAACCAUCUUCAACCACGAAGCACGAGACGCGCUCGCUCACCUUUCGUUAUGAUUAACUGACUGAACGCAGAAAGAAGAGUGGCGCAAAAAAAAAACAUUAGAAAAUAGACAAACGGAGGUUAGGAAGGAGCAAAAAACGAUGCGGGUUCAAUGAAAGUGCGUUUGAAUAAAUGCGCUAAUUAGAAGAAGGAGGCGGCAGCUUCAUACUAACUAAGAAACCCCCGCCUGAUGAUGCUUGGGAAAAACAACCGCACAUCGGUGCGGUGGGAUGUGAAAUGUGCAGCACCAACGAUUGGGGAUUGGAAUAAUUGGCUGAAGAAAGUGAGAGGAAUUAAAGCAGAAAAAAAAUCAUCAAUUGAAAGCGAACUUUUUCGCACAAAAGUGAACAAGACAGGGUGGUUAGACAUUAAUUAUGGGGUACGCCGUUUGAUAACCUUUACCCCGAGGCGUCGACGAUGAAUGAGUCUGUUUGGGAGACAGAUAGAAAGAGAGAGAGGGAGAGGGAUUGGAUUUGUAGAAAAUGAUGUAUAUUAUAGGGAGGAUAGAGAGGCGAGCAAUAACUUACGAGCGAUAUAGGGGAAGCUAUUUAACGAAUUAAUUUAAUACUUUGAGCGUAAGUUGGGGGUAAAAACAACCUGCGUGAAACCCUGUACAGAGGUGUGAGUGUGUAAUGGUAAAUAAAUCGUAACAUGAGUCAAACAACGUGUAACAAACAGAUACAGCCUCUCUUGCAAUGAAUUUAUAGGCUGACAGGAGCGAUUUACUCGGAAAGAAAUAAAUAUGGUCGGCUAAUUAUUAUUAUUUUAAUAGAAGAAAAUAAAAAUAAGUAAAUAAAGAGUAAGAGUGUUUCUUUU